GCUUGACUCCACUAGCCAGAUGCUGAUCCCCUCCGCCGCUGCGCCCACGUGUACGACAGAGAUCCCUCCACGUCAGGCUCACCGGCCCGCUGAGCUCACCUCCCCCACUUAAUGCACCGCUCUUGGCUUCCCUUCGUUAUCCCCCUCUUUUUUAGCUGCUUCUGCUCCCACCCUUCUUCUCGUCUGUCGCCUAGCUUCCCCCACAAGCAGCGAGGCAAAGCGCAGCGGAGCAGCAGCCGGCGACCGGUGGUUGACGCGGCCGCGACCGGUUGCUUGGCAGCCGUGUCGUCGACUUCGCUCUCCCGAAGGCGCGCGCUUUAAUGCUCGAGGCUGCUUACUCCUUGGACUCGGACCUUUCCGCAAAAGCGAUAUUCUGGUAUGGAGGCGGAGGCGACGCCCGCGACGGCCGUGUCGUCAUCCGGCGGUGCGCAACUGCCGCCGCCCGGCCCGCCCGCCAAGAAGAAGCGUGCCCUCCCCGGCAUGCCAGAUCCUGAGGCGGAGGUGAUCGCGCUGUCGCCCAAGACGCUGAUGGCGACGAACCGGUUCGUGUGCGAGAUCUGCAACAAGGGGUUCCAACGGGACCAGAACCUGCAGCUGCACCGGCGGGGCCACAACCUGCCGUGGAAGCUGCGGCAGCGGAGCGGCAAGGAGGCGCGGAAGCGGGUGUACGUCUGCCCGGAGCCCAGCUGCGUCCACCACGACCCGACGCGCGCGCUCGGCGACCUCACCGGGAUCAAGAAGCACUUCUGCCGCAAGCACGGCGAGAAGAAGUGGAAGUGCGACAAGUGCUCCAAGAAGUACGCCGUGCAGUCGGACUGGAAGGCGCACGUCAAGACCUGCGGCUCCCGCGAGUACCGCUGCGACUGCGGCACCCUCUUCUCCCGGAGAGACAGCUUCAUCACCCACCGCGCCUUCUGCGACGCGCUCGCCGAGGAGAGCGCCAAGGCGCGCGGCGCGCCGCCGCCGGCGGAGGAGGACGGCAGCUCCGCGACUGUGGGUCCGCCACCGGCUCCCCCGCCCCCUCGGGCGCAAGUACCUGCCGCACCGGCGUCACUACGGCAGCAACCGCCGCCGCCGCCUGCACCGCAUCAUGCGGAGCAGCGCAAUGAGCGGGAGACCAAUGCUCCCGAGCCCGUUCAGUUCGCGCCGCCGGCGCCGGCACCAGUACCUUCGCAGGCUCCGGUCACCACUUCCAAUGUCAGUGCCAGCAGCAGCAGCGUCGCGGCGGCAUCUAAGGGCCUGCUCGGCGGCAUGUUUGCACCGUCUUCGGUGGCCCUAGCACCGCAGUUCCCGGACCUUGGCGGUGGGGUUGGCCGCCCGGAGCGCGCUCUGCCUGCCAAGCCCCCGUCGCUGUGCCUCGCUACGGAUGUGUCAUCCUCGAUCUUCUCAGCGCCUUUAGCCGCUGACCGGCAACAGUUCGCGCCGCCGCCGACACCCUCCCCGUCGCCGCACAUGUCCGCAACCGCGCUGCUCCAGAAGGCCGCGCAGAUGGGCGCCACCUCAUCAAGCUCCUCGUUCCUCCGCGGGCUGGGCCUGGACGUCUCGACUUCAUCUCCGGGGGCCUCGUCGUCAGGCCAGCAGCACCACCAGGAAGCCAUGCAAAUGUCAGUCCCCGAGACUUCACUGCAGCAAUGGCCCCCGCGGCUAGAGCCGGAGGCAGCGCCAAUGCUGUCGGCUGGGCUCGGCCUCGGGCUACCAUACGACUCGACCGGCGCUCCGGUGGGAUUUCCGGAGCUCAUGAUGGGUCAGUCCUCACUGUUCAGUGCCAAGCCGGCUACAUUGGACUUCCUGGGGCUUGGGAUGAGCCCGAUAGGUGCAUCAGCAAGCAGAGGGCUCUCCGCAUUCAUUCGGCCUAUCGGCGGCGCCGUCGGCAUGGCCGGAAGUGGCACUGGCACUGCCGAGACGUUCGGUGCCGGCCGUGGCGCGCAGGCAACGCCGUGGGAAAGGAAUCCGAGUAGCUCGCCAAUCCUGUAACAGUAUAGCUAGCAAGUACUAGUAGCAAGCGCUGUGAAUUGGACGAAAGCAGGAAGAGGAAAUAGAAGCAGCCAGCUUCGAUUAGCAGCCAUUCUCUUCCACCGCCUGUUCUCGCUCUUCUCUCGUUUCUUUAGCCUGGUACGAAGUUACAUGUUGCUUUGCUCUUCGUUGUCUCUCAGCUCGUUCUGCUCUUCUCGUUUACGUCUUUUGCCGUUGUCUCUUCUCGUUUGCUUCUUCUUCUUGUCAUCUUACUGCCGCUGGCUCGGCAUUUAAGCACAGCACUGGGCCUGCGCAAAGUGGACAGGGAAAUUAAAUGGAAUUGGUGCAGCCUGGGACGAUUUGUAGUAGGUGAUCAAGAACAUUCAGGCUCCCCUGAAUUGUUUUAAGUAUCCGUCAUCAUCAUAUUGGUACCAUUUCUCUCGCCACAAUUUCUUCUAAUCAAUUCUGGUUCUGUGGCGCCAGGUGCAUGCAUGUGUAAUGUGUUUCCGAUAGCUGCUUUAAAUAGGUUAUUAUCUCCGUUGUGUAUGACCGUAUUCUUGCGUGGUGCUUGGCUGGCUCCAUGACUCCAUCAACGGUUGACCAGUUCUUGUUUAGUCCUGCAGUUCUGCAUCCGAUUCAGAUGAUUGCAGCAUCCUAAAUUUCUUAGUUUGAUAUACUGGUUUGUUCCGGUAGCUAACUUCAUUCUGAACUUAUGAUAUGAUGGUUAGGCAGAUGUAUGAACUUAAUACGAUAGCUUGACAUGUCA